UCCCGGCUGGUCUCGGAAAUAGGAAAAGAGAAUCUCUUCACAUUGAGUUGUCAUGUGUUGGGCCUGGUUCCGCGACUUAGUGCAUAGGUGCUGCCGACCUGUAUAUCCGCAAGCUUUGGCGCAAAUGGUGGCGGCGUGUCCUUUGCUCAACACGUACGAGCGUAACACCUUUGUUUGUGGCACUGUGUCCGCGCUGCUGCCAAAGACGCUGUGCUCCGUGUGUGAUGUUUCCUUGAACAGCUGGUACUUUGAGAAGGAUGGGAUGCUGUUCUGCAAGAGUGACUACCUGUCUAACUACGGCGAGGUGUGCCAAAAUUGCUCAGAGAUUAUUACUGGCCCAGUAAUGGUUGCAGGAGACCACAAAUUUCAUCCAGAGUGCUUCUGCUGUGCAAGCUGUAAUGCAUUUAUUGGGGAUGGCGAUGCAUAUGCUUUAGUAGAGCGUUCCAAGCUUUAUUGCGGGCCUUGCUACCGGCAGCACAUGCAGCCACUGAGCCAACGCAGUGUCCUGGGUGGGCCGCAGCCCCACAGCAUCCAGUUGCUUGAGAUUCCAGCUACUGGAGGGGCACGCAGCAUCAAACUAGGCUCGCCUUGCCUUGGGCGUCAUGGAGUCCACAUCACUGACCUGGAUGUUAGCCCAGACCUCAUGGCAUUACACAUUGGCGACAAGAUCCUUGAAGUCAAUGGCACGCCUCUCAGCAGCCAAUCACUGGAAGAGGUUGAAGAACUCAUCAAGUCAACAAACAAGGUGUUGCAGCUGACAAUUGAGCAUGAUCCUAGCAAUGUCUCAAGGUAUCCUCUGCUCUGCCCUCCCAGAAGAAAAGCUUUGAGCGACAAGGAAAGGCGGUACAAAAGAAAGGAUGAAGGUGCUGUUGGCACAAGUGGCAUGCGAUCACGUCAGCUAAAAAGGUCCAGUGGUGGCAGGGAGCGCUCGUCGUCUCUUCCACGUCUCCUAGUCAGUGAUUCAGCGCCAUGUGGCAGCCAGCCAUCCUAUGACCUUAGUAGAACCAAGUCAUUCCGCAUUGAGCCAAAAAACCAGAGGAUUUUUCGGGCAUCUGACCUGGUCCAAGGAAAGCUCUUGGGAAAAGGCUUCUUUGGCCAAGUUUACCUGGUGACCCACCGUGAAACUGGUGAGGUGAUGGUGGUCAAAGAGCUCCAUCGGCUGGAUGAGGAGGCCCAGCGGAACUUCCUCAAGGAGGUGGCCGUGUUGCGUUCUCUUCACCAUGAAAAUGUGCUGCGCUUCAUUGGUGUGCUUUACCGGGACAAGCGUCUGCACCUGGUCACUGAGUAUGUGAGUGGGGGAUCCCUGCGCAGCCUGCUUCAUGACUCGAGCGAGUCUCUGCCCUGGUUGCAGAGGUUGCACCUGGCCAGAGACAUUGCUGCAGGAAUGUGCUAUCUUCACUCUAUGAACAUCAUUCACAGAGACCUGAACUCUCACAACUGCCUUGUCAAGGAGGAUCGGACAGUUGUAGUGGCGGACUUUGGGCUGGCCCGUGUCAUGAGUGACCCCAGUGUGGCGGGGAUUGGCCGCAGGAGCAGCAGUGGUGCCAAGCGUACCUCAGGCGGUGGUGCUGGGGCAACCAGCAAGCGCCCCGAGCGCAAGAAACGUUACACAGUAGUGGGUAACCCAUAUUGGAUGGCACCCGAGAUGAUGACCGGGAAACUGUAUGACGAGAAGGUGGACCUUUUCUCCUUUGGAAUCGUCCUCUGUGAGAUCAUUGGCAGAGUGCAGGCUGACCCUGACUACUUGCCCCGAAGCAAUGACUUUGGCCUCAACACUGUUGUGUUCAAGGAGAAGUUUUGUGCAAGCUGUCCAGAACCUUUCUACCACAUUGCCUUCUUGUGCUGUGAUGUUGACCCAGAGAAGAGACCACCAUUUGAGCUGCUUCAGAAAUGGCUGGAAGGAAUAUCUCUGCACCUUAUAGUGGACAGCCCCCUUCCCAAAGAACUAACGAGGGACAUUGUUAACUACCAGGAUGCAGUUAUUACCAGCACAGACUCAACACCCGAGUCUACGACACCACCCGAGUGCCGACGGUCUCCCCUGAGAACCAUCAGUGAGCAAGCAUUGGAUUCCCCACGGUUAUCACUGGAGCUGGAGUAAAUUGCUGCACUCUGUUAUUUCACCCCUGCACUUUAUCACAGUGCUCACUUUGGCUCUAUACAUCACACAGUGUUUGUAGAACUGAACUAUUGAUAUGUUGUGUGCUUUCCCUGUGCAAAAAUGUGUGUUUGUUGAGAUAGUGGAAGGCUGCCCAUGGGCCUCAGUUUGGUGAAUGAUGUGACCUUUUGUUUUUCUGAGAACUGUUGCCUUGUGCUUCUGAUGAGUUUGUGCAGGAUGUGUAUAUUCAGUCGGGAUGCAUUUGUUGUCUUCAUUCUGUGCUUUGUUAUCUUUUGCAUCACAGUGAUGCAAGCAAUUAUGCAAGAGUGUUUGAGGUCUGUUGAGUCCGGUACAACUGUUGUCCACGCAUGUUUGAAAUGACAACCAAACACAAAAGUAGACUUCACUGUAUUCUGUUUCACAUAUGGGAAUCUUGUUGCUGAAUUAAGAAAAAAACAGAAGACAGCUGUCACAGAUUUACCAAUGUUAUGACUUGCCACUCUGAAAGCCUGACCAGUGCUGCAGUAUGAUUUCUAACUGGACAAGUUGGUACGCAUUCAAGGAAACAGGAAACACAAAACCACAAGGGACAGAGAGAGAAGUAAUAAGUAGUGAAAACAGAAUCCCCAUGCUUCUCUUGUGCCUUUGCAAUGCUUUUUCUUUAAAGCAGUACUGUCAAAUACCAGCACAAAGAAAAUUGAAGUUGCUCUUACAAUGUAGCUUUAAUUGCUAGUCAGCUGAUGCAUGAAAAUUUAUACUUCGCAACACAUUUUAUGGGGUGGAUGCUAAAUUCUAUAUUCUUUUGCAAACUGUACAACACAAAGAUAAUUUGUCUUGGUAUUGUUGCCAUUAUGGUAAUUCAUGAUGCAAGAUGGAAGAAAAUGUGUGUGCAGCAACUGCUAUUGGGGCGAACACUUUGACGAUAGUGGUGACACCAUUUGUUGCAGUAGCCAUAAACAAAUGGUAACGAGCAAACAUUUAUGGAACUAUGCAAGGUCAUUGAAAUGGUUAAGUGCUAAUAUAAUAUAAUAAUGUAAUAUAAUAAUAUAAUAUAAUAAUAUAAUAAGAGUAUCCGGUAACUGACGCGUCCCAUGACCGAAUACUUUCCGCAAAAGAAGUAACAAAAUUGAACUUCCCCCAUGCGACAGUUCACUGCGACACAACAAUGUCUUUUUAUUUAUUUUGGGGGGUGGUGGCACCAAAAUAAUAAUAAAAAAAAACUCAAAGGAAAGCAUGUUGGCCACAAUUGAAGCCUAGUUUGGGCACUUAAUGUAGCUACCGAAGGAAUAUAGAAGAAAACGUUAGACACUUGGUCCACAGAUAACCCUAUGCAUACUGCUCAGUAGACUACACUGGCGAGACAAGACUUUCUGGAGAGGUUGUGCUCAAGCAAACUUAUUGCAAUCUGUCGAGUCCCCAUAGUGAUGGCAGCGAGUGACCAUUGUUUCCUUUUCUCGAAAAUCUCCAAAACUCUGCCAGGUGAAACAAACAGACACCCAAGUGUGCCAUGUGGUGGUCGGGGCAACACGAGAAAAAUGCAUGCGAGAAAAAUGCAAGCUGGCUCUGGCAGCCCGUGGGUAGUGAGAACAAGAAAAUUGAAGAGGCUCAAUGUGUCCGCGCGAAUAAACGUCAAAGCAGGAAAAUAAGAAUAUAGUUACUAUUGCUGACUUUAGUGUCUUGACAUGGAUGCUUUGGCACAGGUGAAAAAAAUGUUGAUAUUCUUUUCUGUGAUAUGACAGCACAAAUGAACCACCACAAUGCUUCAUCUCAUCGGACCUCGCUGUGUGCUUUGUCAACUUGUCUUAUAGUGUGUUGAUUUGGCUUGUCUCAUUGUAUGAUGCGAUGUAUGACUUUAGAAAAGUCAAUGCACUGUGGCGUUGAAUGUUUAUGAGGACAUCGAACCCACAAAGUUCUCGAAUUGAAAAUCUAGACCAUCGAAAUGUCAAAGCAUCUUUCGCUGCAAAAGUUUAUGAGAACUUUAUGCCCAUAAAAUUUUGGAAUUGAAAUCCAUGCACUCCGUAGAUUCCGUGGCCUCCGCGAGAUGCCGCGACGAGCUCACUUACGAUCAAAACGCUCUGGAAACUUUGUGCUCGAAUGAGGCUCCUUGUGUUAUGGGACUCCCGGUGUAUGGGCAAUGCCAUGAAAUCCAGUUCGAGUUCACAAUGUUCGUGCCGAAAUGUCUGGUCGAGCGCAAAAAAGCAUUCUAAACAAAAUGCAGAAUGAUUUCCGGUGCCGGAGGUUGUUUGGUAUGGCGGUACAUGAUAGCACGCGCAAGGUGCCGCGCUGCUUCGGCACGCUGAACAAAGGCGUCUGUAUCUGGUGCGGUAGGUUGAGAUGAAGUUGAUAGGAGCAUCACGUCAAGCAUAGUGGUGACGUCGCGUCCGUAGACCAGACAAAAAGGAGGAAACCCGGUGGUUUCUUGUAGGGCAGUGUUGUACGCGAAUGUCACAUACGGGAGCAGUUCGUCCCAAUUUUUAUGAUCCGUGGCAACAUACAUGGAAAGCAUAUCCGCAGUCGUUUUGUUGAGACGCUCAGUUAAACCGUUAGUCUGCGGGUGAUACGCAGUUGCUGUACGGUGCGUUGUUCCGCUCAGCUGCAGAAUAUCUCGGACCAACUGGGCAGUGAAGGCUGUACCACGGUCUGUGAUGACAACAGCGGGAGCACCAUGUCGAAGGACGAUAUUUUUGAUAAAGAAGUUAGCAACAUCUGAAGCAGUAGCGCGCUGAACGGCUUGUGUUUCGCAGUAUCGAGUGAGGUAAUCGGUGGCGACAACGAUCCAGCGGUUAUCAGCCGAAGACUUGGGAAAUGGGCCGAGUAAAUCCAUCCCGACUUGUUCAAAAGGUGAACAAGGAGGUCGGACAGGCUGAAGCAGACCGGCUGGUUUCUGUGGUGGAACUUUACGACGCUGGCAAUCUCGACAACUGCUGACGUACUGCUUCACGGUUUUUGUGAGUUUUCGCCAAUAGUACUUCUGCUUGAUCCUCGCGAGAGUACGCGUGAAACCAAGAUGCCCGGACAUUGGUUCGUCGUGGCAUGCACGUAGAACGUCGUCGCGGAGAGUAGCGGGAACAACGACCAGGAAAACGGUUGCCGUAAGGUGAAAGUUCCGCUUGUAUAGGAUGUCGCCACUUAGGCAGGAAGAGGACAAGUGAGGGUAUAUCUGACUUCAUUCAGAGGUUACAACUGUUGCAAAAAAACUUAGCAAAAAAACAAAAGAGUGGUCCAGUACUUUAAAAUGCAUAUUUUAUUGAAUGCAUUGUAGGGCCCAUGGCCACCACACGUGUGCACAAGAGCCACAACCUCUGACAUUUAAGUUCCAUGGCACAGAUUACCUUUGUUGUUCAGCAGAAAUGAAUAAUGUGAUCACGUCUUCUCACUUUACGGCCAUAUUUGGCAUAUGGUUGAAUAUUCACUUAUUGAGCACCCAGGCUCAUUGUCUGGAUAUUGGUUAUGUUCUGUGGCAAUUCCAAAAGAACGUCUUAAUGCCAUUGCAUUUAAGCACCAUGUGGUGCUAAUUGAAACUAUCAUGAGUGGUACUGCCACUCCAUGUACUUUAAUGGAAAGUUUUCUUAGAUUGUUCUUUAGCUGCCACAUUUAAAAGCCUGUAAAGAAAUGUUCUGCAGCAAUCUGUUUUCUUUGUUCCUUUAUCAGUUUGUUUUUAGUUGAAAAGGAAUGAAUGUAUAAACAGAAAAGUAAUUUUUUAUAAGUAUCACAUUUACUCAUCAUGACAGCGUAUUUGCUAUAGUAGGCCAGGUAUUGAGUUUUUGUGUGUGUGAACCAUAAGAUACAAAUAUGGAAAAACAAAUGAGGGGAUCGGAGUGCAUAUUUCAGCGGAUACAGAUGGACUUUUACAUCGCCCUCAGUCUGGAAGAACGGUUAUUUACUAUGUGUGAAUGUCUUUCAUACUAAGUGUGCUUUCUUGCAUUUUGCAACUAUCUAAAAAACACCAGUAAAUGUACUUCAUUGUAGUUUGGCAUGUGCACUGUUCACAUUGAUUUCAUUCGGGACCACUGUUCUUCUCUGCGCAUUCCACAUUUUUACAGCUAUGGGUCUUCAUUAGAGGUGUUAUGUAUUUGAUGCACUUGCACUGUGUUUUAUACACACCUAGUCCAGUUUUCUUUAUUUUUUUUUGUGGUGUGUGUGCGUGCAUGCAUGCUGUGCUGUGUGUGGUGUAUGAACAAAAUUCUUGCCCAUGUGCUUGGCUAGCUGGUAAGGGUUGGUUGUUGGAAGCUCAGGCUUUUGCGCAGAGCUUUCAUUCAUAAGGUGCACAUGAAGCACUUUGGUUAGAUAAAUUGGUUUAAACAUAUUGCUAAAUAAAAUGCAAUAUAGAAGGAAGUAUGCUUCUUUAUUCAAUUAAGGUAAGGUGAAUUUUCUUGUACCACUCUUUGUCUGUACAAGUUAAUUUAGUGCAUGCAUUGGAGACUUGCAGGCAAGAAACAAGUAAUGAUUGAGAUGGUAGGACUUCUAAGCACUCUUGCUUUCACUAGGUUCCCCUCUUCUGAAACUGCACGAUACAGAGAAUGUGCACACAAUCACACCUUGAAGAGACAUUAAGGAGCAGCAGUCAGUUGGUCUCGGCUGGUAAAGUAUUGUUUCAAAGCCCUAUUUUUAUCCAUUUGGCAGAAACAGUUUACUACUGUAGAAAAUGGGGUCUGAACUUCCCUUUUGCGAAUAUAGCAUCUAAACCUCAGAGUUUGAGGUAUUUUAUCAAAUUUGAGCUGUUUGGUGCAAGUUCUCGAAAAUUUUUUCUUUAGAAUGCAGUGCAGUCCUGCUUUAUUAAUAAACAUUAAACUGGACCUAAGCAGGUGCUAUCAAAAUCACUGCCAUUAUUGCAAGCCUGCAUGGCAACAGCUAAAUGGUAUUGCCACAUGUUUUUCGUUCUCAUCUCUUGCGACUUGCAAGUGGCCACUAUGUCAUCGCAGUAAUGUUAUUUACUAAUACAGCUUGCUUAAUACGCAGUCUGUAAACAUAUAGUAAAUUUGGUAUAGCUGAAUCAAUCGCCUCACAUGGCUGCAUCUCGUCGGAAUUUUGUUGGCAGUUUUGCAUCUUUUGGCUUGCUUUCUGUUGUUUUGCUUUCUGGCGCUACAGUCAUCAUAAAAGAUUUAAGAUAUACAUAUUGCACGACAACAGCUACCAGCAUACGGCUGCUUUUAUGCAAAAGUGAGAGCCGGCCAGCUGUGUGCCACAGUUCGCAAAUUUUGUGUGGCUGAAUUUCGCGUGAAUUUCCAAAACAUUUCCAAGGAGUCUGAUUGUUAUGGUACUUAGUGUCUUGCUUGCUUGGUACAUGGUGAUUACUCUUGCUUGACCAUUUUGAAUUGUGUAAUCUAUUCCAGAUGCAUGUGCAAAAAAAUCAAAACCUGCGUCCUGCAAAGAAGAGUUUAUUUAUUCUGGUGUACAUUUUGCUCAGUCUUCUUUUUCUCACAUUCUUUAUACAUACAAUGUUUAUCCUGUGUGUCUAUGUACAUACAUAUAGCAUGUAACUUAUUUACAUUGUAAAGUGCUUCUUUUGCCACCAGUGGCGUAGCUAGGUCGUCUGGCACUCGGGGCCCAUAGGGCUUCUGUCACCCCCCCCUCCCCCCCCGGGUGUAGUCGAGGAAGGCGAGGAUAUCAACAAUUUCCAGGUGUCUUUCGAAUUUUUGAAAAUUCUUGUAACAAAAUUCAGGCCUCAAAUCGAAAUUCUGCUUUCAACAGUUACUAGAAUUUAACUUUCUCUCCCAAAUUCAACAAAUUUCAUUAAGAUCAGUUCAGGGGUUAUCUCAGAAAAACGUUUUUGCGUAUUACAUGUAUUUGAAAAGGCCGCAUCGGAGUUGGGCCCGAGCUAAAGCUUCCUCUUAAGGGAUGUUGUAGGGCUUAAUUGGUGUUCCAGCUCCAAGUGCUUCAGUUGGAGAUUAAUUUUUCCUUGUGCAAGCAGCUGCUAGCCUCCUCAUUGGCUCGCUUAGUGGAGCAACUGCUCUGAGCCUUAAUUUUAUUCCCAAACUGGGAUGAAUUUUUCUUAAACUUCACUGUUUUCUUUUUGAGGAACCCAAAUUGGUUCAUCUGCAGCAUUAUGCUAUAAAUGGGUGAAGAACUUUUUUUAUGCCUGUGAGAAAGUUCUGUGUACAAGCGUACAUAUUUCUUUGUUCAGCUUAAACAGUUGAUUCAACACCUGUUCAAAUUACAGGAAGAAAGGUGUUGCAUGUGAAAUACCUAUAGCUGUCAAAAAAGAAAAGGCUAGCCAUUUAAUUAAAUAGGUGAAGCGGCAUACCUUUAAUAUACCAUAAUUGUUAAGAAUUCAUUAGGGAUGUUGUGUUGAUGGUGCUGCCGAACUGUUGCAAGAUUUGUGCAAUUUGCAGCAUUUUUCUGCCAGAUACCAUGAUGUCCUGAUUAUUUCAUGAAGCACUAUGGUCGGCUAAAUGUUUAAAUUUCUGUUCACUUCAUUUUAGCCUGUGAAUAAAGAUUCUAUAAAAUGCUGUA